UAGUUGUCUAAAUCCAGGAGCUGUUGGGCAAAGUGAAUCAUACUUCUUGCUAAGUCAAGUUCAGCUAAUCACUCAAACUAAAAGAGAAACCAUGGACUCUGCUAUUAACACCAAUCACAACAAACAAAAGAACAUCUAGCAUCUUUAGCAAAGGCAUCAUGGUUUCUUUCUUCUUCUUUGUAGGUUACCCACUCCAAAAUUACCAACCACAGCCUAGAGGGUAUGCACCUGCUCCACAAAACUUUAAAAGUGAGGAUCCACUCUCUGAUAAAUCUCAGGAUGAUUAUGGAUACACUCCUAUCUCUGAACCUCAAAAACAGACAAACAACAGUGCUGUUGUUGUCAGUUCUCAGCCAACUCCUACAAUUGCUACUACUGCCAUUCAUCAUGAUGUUGGUGAUCAUUAUUUGACUCUUUCUGUUACUGUCACUGUUCUUUGCUUUAUCACUGGGUCAUGGUCUGCACUCUUGUGUACUAUUCCAGCCAUCAUUUUCUCUAGCAUGGCCCGUGAUGCUGAAGCUCAUGGUGACAUGGAAACUGCUCGGGUACAUUCUCGCUGGUCACUUGGAUGCAGUAUUGGAGGACUGAUCACUGGUGCUAUUGGCAUUAUGAUUGUGAUUAUUAUGAUUGCAAGUGUGGUCUAUUCUAGCCAAACUUCUACUCCUAGUAGUUCUUGCUCCCUUUAUUAUAACUACUACUAUUCUUCUUAUACAUAUAAUUGCUACAAAUUGAUCUGCUAUGCUGUUCAUUAUUUUCAUAAUAAAAACAUCUUAAUUUCUGAACUGCACUGCUGUUUGUUCUUUCAUACCUCUUCAAUAUUUGAACUACGUAUCUUCCUUUCCAGUUAUUUUAGAGAAAUAGACACACCUAGAACUGAUUUCGUAUAUAAGUGACAGUGCAUGCAGUCUUAGGCCCAUAAGAUAGCAUAAAACACUAGUGGUGAUCCCUAAAUAUGGAUGAAGCUAAACCUCCUCCUUAUGAGCAGCCUGGUAUUACCAAGCAAUUUGAAGGAAACACAUUGCAAGUACCCUCACCUGCUAUGCAGAGAUCUCCUGCUCAUCAUGUGCAAGGACAAAUGCCAGUAAUGCAGCAACAACAUGCUCCAGUUCAAAUAUUCCAACAGCCACCGGUUCAAUUUGUACAACAAGCACCUCCACCAACAACAGAGAGAAUAAUCAUUACACAGCCAGUAGUGGUUAACAGGAAUAAGGACUACUAUUUCACACUGUCAACUAUAUUGAAUACUUUUUGCUUGUUCUUCUUUUGUUGCGGACUUAUUGUACUACCUUGUACAAUCCUUGCAUUGGUCUUUUCCAUAAUGGCUAAGCAGAUGGAUAACAAUGGAAACCCUACACAGGCUAAAACACUUGGCAGGAUGUCACUUGCUUUAAACAUCAUUGCCAUUAUAACAUCCAUUGUUAUCUUCAUUGUGUAUAUCAUUACCAUAUCUACUUCUGUUGCAUCUUCUGCAUCUGGCAACGGGUAUUAUUACUACAGUGGAUCUAGCAGUGGUAGUGGAUCUAGCAGUGGCAGCAGGUAUUACUACUAUCGCUACAGUGGAUCUAGCUAUCGCUACUACUACUACUAUGGAUGAGACUUACUCAUUAUGUGUGUGAACUUGAACAAUGUCUUAUUAAUGUAUAUCAAUUAUAUUAUAUAAGGAACAUGUCUUUAAUUAUUGUUUGAUUUGUGUAGCUCUAGACUACUUGAAUGAUUAAAAUAAUUUUGAAAAAAUUGGUUAUUUGCACAAACACA